AUGUCAUCAAUCUUUUUAUCUUUCUUGCCAAAAAAGAACAUUCCGUUACCAUUUUCAAAUACUUUACCGCCUAAAACUUCGACACAAACUCUCCAAAAAUUAACACCUAACAAGCGGCCAAUAGAGAAGGAAGAACUCUGGCACAAUUUCGUUAUAUGUGCAUUUGCGUUGACAACUAAAGAAUUGAAAGCGGAAAUUGGCAUAGAACUCACCAAAGAGUUGUCUUCUAUGUGUGACAAAAAUCCUGCUUAUGAAAUCCUGCUUUAG